AUGAGGGACUCCCGGGCGGCGCUGGCCUCCGCUCUCUCCGCGGCCACCUUCCUCCUGCUCCUCCCCGCAGGCCUCUGCGUGAGAAUCAUCGGAGGAAAAGAAGUGGCGGCUCACUCGAGGCCCUACAUGGCGCUGAUCCACGGCACCAACGGCAGCUUGUGUGCGGGGGCGCUGAUCGCCGACGGUUGGGUGCUGACGGCCGCCCACUGCGCCCUGAACAGAUCAUCCCAGGUCAUCCUGGGGGCCCACUCCAGGUCCAAGCAGGAGCCGGAGAAGCAGAUCCUGUCGGUGAGGAAGCAGAUCCCCUACCCGUACUACGACAAGCCCAGGCAUGAGGGCGACCUCAAACUGUUAAAGCUGAGGGGGAAAGCAACAAUUAAUAAAAAUGUGGCUAUUCUGAGACUCCCUAAAAGGGGGAAAGACGUAAAACCAGGAACCAGGUGCCACGUGGCAGGCUGGGGGUUGUUUCGCAAUGACAAGCUAGCCCAACCCGAUACGCUGAGAGAAGUCAAUGUCACCGUCCUGGACAGGAAGACCUGCAAUGGCCACAAGUACUAUGGCCGUCACCCUGUGAUCCAACCAGAUAUGAUCUGUGCGGGAGACCCCAAGGGCGGGAAAGACUCGUGCGACGGGGAUUCCGGGAGCCCCCUGAUCUGCGAGGGCACCUUCAGGGGCGUCACAUCCUUCGGGAAGCAAAACAGGUGUGGGGACCCCCGGGGCCCCGGCGUCUACACGCUGCUCUCCCAGAAACACCUCAACUGGAUCACCAAGACGACGCAGAGGGCGGCCUAGGUCACGGACUUGCGCCCCACCUGCUGCCGCGCCUCAACCCCUCAACCCGCCAUAAAUAAA